AUGUCCAACAAUGGCCCCUCGGCCACCGACAUCAUCACCUACAUUGGCGUGCCGCUCGCCGUGCUGGGCGUGCUGCCCAUCAUGUACAACACGUUUAUCACGCUCGUCAACGCGUCCAAGAUCAAGCGCAUGCUCCGCCACAGCCGCCUGACGGCGCUCACCCGCAGCGACGUCGUGAACCGCGUUAUAGAGAUUGAACUGCCACGCUACGCCGUCACGCCGUGGGACCGGUUCCAGCACCGCCAAGAGUACUGGACGCUGUCGCGCAACCCCAGCUCGAUCCCCGGUGGCUCUUGGACGACGUUCAACUGGAAGACGAAUGCCAUCGGCUUCAAAACCCAGCGCGUCGAGUACGCCGACCAGCUCCGCCAGCCGCAGGUGGACAUCGCCUUUGACGAGCUCAUCUCGUACCUGCUGGACCUGGGCGCCGUGCCUGACCCGCACGGCUGGCGCCUGCUGCGGUCGACGGGUCUGUGGACGCCCGUGGGCUGUGCGCUCAUGAAGUCGCCCGACGGCCACCACAACGCGCUGGCUGUCGCGACGCUCGACGACUCCGAUGGCAACUUGUCGCUGAGUGUCACUUGGGAGCCCACAUGGACCUGCCGCAGCUUUUCGGACCUGCCACCAUACUGGGUCAGCCUGCCGGCGCCGCCACCCGAAUACAAGGAAGAGGAGAAGCCGGCAGACGAAAACAAGGAGACAGGACCAGCCGAUGAUGCGGCAGGUGCAGGUGCAGGCGGCGCUGCGUCGUCGGCCGCGUCGUCGCGCCCUACCACGGCCAACAACGCCAAGGAUACAAAGGCAAGCCAACGCAACUCGGUCGACUCGGCAACGCGCGAGGGGUAUGCCGCGGCAACAACGCCCAUCACCUGCCAGGUCUCUGUGGACGGCAUCAUUACGGCGCUGACGGAGGAGAAGCGGCGUGCCGGCGGCGUUGCCAGGAACAACACGAUGGGCGGCAGCACCAGCUUCCCGCUCACAAGCACGGUCAGCCUCGACAGCCUGUACAUUGAGCACAUCCGUGUGCGUCCGGGCGUGAGCGACGGCGUGUGGUUUGCGAGCGCGGCCACCGCGUACGGCACCAGCAGCCAGACGAUUCUGUGGAACUACCGCAUCCCCGACGACAUCUUGGCGUUUGCGCGCCGCGAGACGGUGCCCUGUGGCGUGCUCGUGCUGCUCGGCGCGGCGGACGAGAGCGAGACGCCCGAGUGGGCCACCCAGCACAGCUCGGACCAUAUGCACAAACACAACCUGUUUGUGCAGCGGAUGAACGAGGCGCGCUUUGCCGAGCAGGCCGAGCAGCGUCUGCCGGCGCACCAGCGCGAGGCAGCGGCGCGCGACCGCCGGGCCCGCGAGAACAUGCAGCGCAUCGACGACAUGCGGGCGGACAUGCAGCGGGAUCGGGAGCGGCGCGAGCAGCGGGAGAUGGAGGCACUGCACAGCGCCAAGUGGGACACGCGGCUGGUCGCCGAGCAUGCGCUGCGCUGGCUGCUGCGGGAGAAGAAGCAGCGCGCCGGCGAGACCUCCGAUCCGCAGCAGCCGGCACACGCGGACAUGAAGGAAAUGGCCGGCCACGUCCUGCAUCGCAUGGUGCGCGACGGCGAGUUUGCGGGCAGGCUGUGCCGCAUGCUGGACCAGUGGAAGUCGUGGGCCGACCUGGGGGGCAUGAAGAAGGCGGAUCUGCAGGCGCUGCGCGCUGACAUGGAGACGUUUGUGUAUGCGGCGCUGCUCGUCUCCCUGAUCAAGGACUCGACGAGCGCCCUCGACGGCACGCUGUCUGUCGACCUCCAAGAGUGCAUGCGCAUGUGGCGCAAGCUCGCCCGUGUUCCGGUCGCGCACACCCAUUCGCUCGCUCAGCGGGCCCAGUGUGCGGUCGUCCUUCUCGGCCUCCCAGACUUCGGGGAACGUCUUGUGGUACUGCAGCUCGAGGUUGUAGUCCUCGGCCAGCGCGCGGAACGCGUGCCACGGCACGACGUACUCGGGCACCUCUUCGACGGCCUCGUUGAGGAAGAAGUUGUACUUCCAGCCAAACGGUGGCCGGAAUACGCCGUCGACGGGUGUGUCGCCGGGGAAGCGAACGCGGUAGAUGCUGUUGCCCCACUCGGCCGUCUGCCCGGACGCCGCGGGCGCCUCGGGCUCGAUCUCACCGUUCUCGCCCGGUUCACCGCUCUGGCCCGCCUUGGCCGCCGCCGGCGGUGCCGCGGCGGCUGCUGCCUCGUCGGCCUUCUUCUUCUCGGCCUGCUUGAUGUGGAAACGCUCGACCUGGUCGCCCAGCACGUCCGAGUUGGGGAUGCAGCCGAGGAAGCGGCCGCCCUUCUUCAGCGCCGACGCCACGUUCUUGAGCAUGGUGCGUGCCUUCUGCUCCGUCUCGAACGCGUAGUGCAUGCAGAACAUCAUGCUGACAACAUCAAAGCCGCGCCGCGACAGCGGGUUCUGGUCGAAGCCCACGUCCUGAAUAAUGUUGAUGUCGCCAAUGCUCUCGCCGAAGCAGUCCUUGACCACGAACCGCGCAUCGAACACGCGCGGCGGAACGCGGUGAUGGUACCCGCCGCGUCCACCGCGCCCGCCACCGCCGCCGCCCCGUGUCGUCAUCUCGCGGUACCGGUCACGCGCCUGGUCGAUGCUGACGUUGGCCGGGUCCAGCCCCACGUACAGCUGCACCUUUUGCGGCGCCUGGUUCCACUUGCCGAGAUCGCCGCCUUUGCCGCAGCCAAUGUCGAGCACCAGCAGCUCGUGCUGGCCGGCGCCGCCGAUGCCGUGGAGCGUGCGCUCCUCAAAGUCCUCGUCGGGCGCAAACUUUUGAAUGAUGCAGCUCUUGACCCAGUUGUUCAUGGACCGCAGGCCCCGAAUUGUGCUGGCCGUCUUGCGCCACUCGCGCCCGCGUUCGGGGACGGCGUUGUAGUGCGACCGCACAACGUCGUCAAUCACGGCACGCUGCUGCCGCCGCUCCAGCUCUUCCUUGUUGUGGCGUUCGCGCUCGAGGGCGCGUUGGCGGAUGGCUUCGCGCUCGGCAUCGGUGAUGCGAGCCCGCUGGCCCGGCCGUUUGGGCUUGCGCGGCAGGUCGGCGCCACCACCACCACCACCACCACCACUGCCGCCGCCACUGCCAGCGCCCGCGCCCGCGCCCGCGGCGCGGGCGUCAAACGGCUGUGGAAGUUCGUCGUUGGCUCGGCGGGCGUCGUCGUUGUAAUCACGGUCGCGGUAGUCUCUGCUAUCUCUGCUGCCACGCCUGUCGCGCUCUUCCUCGUCGCGCCGCGACGCAUACGACUGCAGUCUGCGCUUUGGUUGAUGGUCGUCCCGGCGGUCGUCCCGGUGGUCGUUCCGGCGAUCGUCUCUGUAGUCUCGACGGUCACGCUGGUCAGGCGAGUGCGAGCGGCGGCGCUCAUUCGGAGCAUCACGGUGUCUCUCGGUGUUCCCCUGGCUAUGCCGCGAGUCGGAUUCGGUGUUGUCGGCCAUGUCGAUCGACAAGACGAAAGUGACGCUCUUCAAGCCCAAACACCCGUCAUGCGCUUUGUGUGCUCCCGAAUAUCGAUGUAA